AUGGGAGGCAGUGUGGUAGAGAGAAUCAGAGUGGAUCCUCCGGAUGGAGGCUGGGGUUGGGUUGUGCUCUUUGGUGGCUUCAUUAUCACUGGUUUCUCCUACGCUUUCCCAAAAGCCAUCAGUGUGUACUUUAAAGAACUGAUGCGGGACUUCGGCUGUGGCUACAGUGACACAGCGAAGAUUUCCUCCAUCAUGCUUGCCAUGCUUUAUGGCACAGGUCCAGUUUCCAGUAUCAUGGUUAACAAGUUUGGAUGUCGACCAGUGAUGCUCAUUGGAGGAUUGUUAGCCUCAGCUGGGAUGAUUGGUGCUUCUUUUACCACCAGUAUUAUCCAACUUUACCUCACUGCUGGAGUCAUUACAGGGCUUGGUCUAGCUCUAAAUUUCCAGCCCUCGCUUAUUAUGCUUGGAUAUUACUUUGACAAACGCAGACCUCUGGCCAACGGUCUAGCAGCAGCUGGCAGCCCAGUGUUUCUCUCAGCUCUUUCUCUACUGGGACAAGUGCUGCUGGAUCACUUUGGCUGGAGGGGUGGCUUCCUGAUUAUGGGAGGGCUGUUGCUUAACUGUUGUACCUGUGGUGCUAUUAUGAGACCGUUGGGAUACAAAGUUUCGAAGUCUGCAGCCAGGGGAGAAUCAAAUGCUCAUGAGUUGAAAGAGAUGCUCCCAUCGAAGCCUGAUCAGGAGAAGAAUCAUCUGGAGAAGGCUAAGAAGGAAAGCCCCAAGCGAAAGAAGCUACUUGACUUCAGUGUGCUUCGUGACAAAGGACUUGUCGUUUAUAUAGUAGCCAAAUUUGUAGUUGUGCUUGGUCUGUUUGUCCCUCCGAUUCUCUUGGUCAACUAUGCUAAAGAUCAAGGAGUGCCAGACCAGGAAGCUGCCUUCCUCCUCUCCAUUAUUGGAUUUAUUGACAUCUUCGCCCGACCCACAUGUGGCGUAGUGGCAGGACUAAAGUGCAUACGAGCCAAAAUGCCCUAUUUCUUCAGCUUGGCCUUACUUCUAAAUGGGCUUACGGAUGUUUGCUCUGCAAGAAGUACAGACUACAUGGGACUAGUGAUCUUCUGUGUCUUCUUUGGCCUUUCUUAUGGAAUGGUGGGUGCGUUGCAAUUUGAAGUGCUGAUGGGAAUCGUUGGAACUAAGAGUUUUUCCAGUGCCCUUGGUUUAGUACUCCUUAUAGAGGCAGCAGCUGUGCUCAUUGGACCUCCUUCUGCUGGACAAUUAGUGGAUACUUACAAGAACUAUGAGCUGAUUUUCUACAUGGCUGGUGGAGAGUUGAUGGUUGCCGGGUUAUUCUUUGCCAUUGCAUCUUACUGCUGCAUUAAGCCCAAGAAGAGCAAGGACUCAUCCGUCAUUCAGGAUGCUGAUAUUGAGGGCAAUAGUAAUCAUACUAAUUAUGAAUCGAACCAUGAUUUGAACCAUGAAUCGAUUCAUGGUAUGAACAAUAACUAA